AUGCAGGUGCUAUCGAUCUUAGAAUGCUUUAACCAAGGCAGAACCUCCGACGAGGGCAACCUACAACCCACAACGGAUGAGUUAUUCAAGUUGGUCGAACGGUUCCGAGUCCUGGUCAUCGGCAAAAGUGGUGUAGGGAAAUCUUCCAUUAUCAACAAAUGCUUCGGCGUCAAGGAUGCUACCGUGGCUCAUUCAGAAGCUGGCGUGUCAGUUAGGGCAGUCAAAUGGGUCCAUCACUGA